AUGGCCAAAUUCAAGAAUCUCGACGGUAUAGCAGGCUUCUUGAAGCCAGACUUUUUGAGACUUGUCGCCCGCUACAAGUUUGCUAUAGCUUUUGAGAACGCCAUCUGUGACGACUACAUCACAGAGAAGUUGUGGCGCCCUCUACAGGUGGGAACUGUCCCUAUUGUGCUCGGCUCGUCGACAAUCAGGGACAUUUUACCAUCCACCAAAUCAGCGAUUCUGGUCGAAGACUUUGACACUAUUCAAGACUUGGCUGCGUUCAUCAAGCAGCUUGAUCGGAACGACGAACAGUAUGAGUCAUACCUCCAAUUCAAACACACGGGUAUUUCAAAUCCAACGCUGAAGUCAGAACUCGCCCGGAUAUCACCAGGGGAGUAUGCAGGUGGCAGUUUUGGGAAGGCUGCUUUAGGAUAUGAGUGUUUCCUCUGUGACAAACUUCACAAGGCGCUUGAUGCAACUAAAGCCAGGAAGCCUGUCGCGAAAGCACAGGCAAAUCUGAACCAUUCUGGAUGUCCUUUACCUGCACAGAAAUUUGACGAAAACGGCCAAAUCGUCCCCGACCAUCGCCGAAAGCAUAAGUUGGCAUUCUACCAUAUGAACGCGCAGGUGUUCCGCCAGUUCUAUGACAGGGCUGAGAACAUCACGUCUCACGACCUGUACACAGCCACAAAACAACGAUUGAGAAAGGCGCAGGCGAAACAGGAAGACUUGUAGAGCAGGUUUUACUAGGAUAAAAAGUAACUUAUGGAGUUUACUUGAAUCUGUAUUUUAAAACACAAAACCCGCCUGCAUCCAUUAACAAAUAUAUUAUAUCUGACGUGAUAGAUGUUUAGUACUUGCCUUUUACUUACAGUUGCA